UUUUUCAGGCGCGUGUAGCGUGUGAACAGCAGGUAGUUCACCAUCAGGGUCAGCUCUGAAUUAGGAUUAAUCCUGUCCAGAUACUAAAGCUAGACAGCCACAGGACCAUCCUGGAACAAACCUCAUCACAUCUUCCAUUCACCUCCUUCCUCCCAUGUGUUCAUCCAGCAUGCUGCCUCUCAGGAUGUUGGGACUCAUCAUGCUGAUGAUUUCACUGUGUGAUGCAAACAGUAUCUGCCCCACUGAUCUCAACCCUCUCACACUGGAGCCGGACGAGGUUCUGGAAGAAUAUGGAGGGAUGGUGUCAGUAAACUGCACCAGCACAAAUGAGUAUCAUGAUGGGAUGUACUGGAGGGUUGGACAUAACGUCUCUGAAGUGGAAUAUGACAGUCAGUAUAUCUCCUGGUCAGUGCCACUGUCAGACUGGAAUGUAACAACAGAGUGCAGAGUAAAGCUGACUGAAAAUGUUGAAUGCAGCAAAGACCUUGAAAUCACUCUAUACAAGAAUCCAGAAAUGGUUGUCCUGUUCCCUACAAAGUAUGCAUCUGCAUCAGAAGGGACACCGUACGAGCUGCAGUGUAAUGUCGACAAUGUUGCUCCUGUUCAGAACCUCACUGUGAGGUGGUACAAAAACAAUCAAACCAUCAGGACAGACUCUUUCACCAAGACAACGAAAACUCCAGUAACUGAGUCUUCUAUUCUGGCUGUGCACCUCAGCAGAGAUGAAAGCGGAGCCGAGCUCAGAUGUGAGGCUCAGCUAGACUUUGGGUCAUAUGGAUCACAACCUCCUGUUAUUUCUAACACAUACACUGUUUCUGUGAACUAUGCUCCUGAGCUCAUGAACCAAACGGAAGACGUUUUUGUGAAUGAGGGUGAUAAUGUCACCCUGCACUGUGAAGCUGAGGGGCGCCCUCCUCCUGUCUUUCGUUGGACACAUGAUGGGACGGUUAUUUCAGAGAACACAAAUAUCAUCAGCAUCACUGGAGCCACCAGCACAACCUACAACUGCACAGCGAAAAAUUAUCUGGGAAGCAUGACGAAGCAAAUCCAUGUUCAUGUGACCAAAACGAUCACAGCAGCAGCCCCUGCAGCCCCUGCAGCCCCUGCAGCCAUCACCACCCCUGUACCAUCAACACGAAAAGCUUGCCCCUUAGAGUUGACGCCUACUGAAAUCGUGGUGCAAUUUGGAGAUUCAGCUUCAAUUAAAUGCAGCACGUCAGAUGAUGAUAUUUUCGGAAUUGGCUGGGAGGCUAUAUUAGGAGGUACAGGCCUUGAAAACCCUCCUUCUGUCCUCUGGAUGGUUGAAAAACUGGAAGACUGGACCAUAAAACCUUUGUGCUACAUCACUCGGAAAGAUAAUUCCCAGUGUUCGUUGUCGGCAACCAUCACUCUUUACAAGACUCCAGACACUGUGUCGCUCUCUGCGUUGCAUCAGGGGCCAAUGAUGGAGGGCACAGAGUACAUGCUGAAAUGUGACAUCCUCAAUGUGGCUCCUGUGCAGAAGCUCAAACUGAAGUGGUACCGCAACAAUGAAAGUGUGCACGAAGAAAUGUUUAGUGACACCAGUAUUACCCCAGUCAACGUGUCCUCCACCUUGAGAGUCACUGCUGAGAGAGGUUACAACGGAGCACAGUUCAGAUGUGAGGCUAAGCUGCAACUCGGGCCAAACGGACCAGAGAUCGUCCCCACUGUAACCUCAGUACCUUACAUUGCUGCUGUGCACUAUGAACCACUGAUCCAAGAUUGUCCGAGACAUGUUGCUGGUGUGGAACACAAGCUCAGCCUAAACAAUUUGACCUGUCGAGCUGAUGGGAACCCUCCACCCACUGUUCAGUGGUACCACAAGGGACAAAUGAUCGAUACAUCUCAGCCCCUCGACAGGACCCAAUCGGGAGAGUACACAGUUGAAUUCGUAAAUGUUCUUGGCAAGAACAGCACCUCCGUCGAUAUCACAGUUGAAUACGGCCCUUCGUUUGCUUGUGAUAAACGCUAUGAGGUUGAAGAGAAUGGUAAGGUCCCGUGUGAACCCACGGGAAUACCUAAGCCUAUCAUCACCUGGCGUAAGGAUGGAAAAAAGGAUUUUUCACAGCGCUGGACAAAGCAUGACAGUGGAACAUACUCACUUGAAGCAACCAACAGACAUGGAACAGCCAACCACACAUUUGACCUUGAUGUUUUGUAUGCUCCUGCGUUUGUGGAGGGAGCCUCUGAGAACGAAAAGGAGGUGACCUCGGGUGAAAAUGUGACUUUGGACUGCAGUGCCAAGGGCAACCCACCUCCUUUGAUCCAGUGGAACUACACCUCUGACGUGAAUGUCAGGGAGACCACCAGGGGGCGCCAGAGGAGCAUCGUCGUCACAAGAGCCACGUCUACCAAUGCUGGUGUUUACAUCUGUGUUGCCACGAAUAAAGUUGGGAUCGUGACAAGAUCUGUCAAUCUGACGAUGAAAGGUAAAAACAGUGCAUUCUCCAUAACAGGUAUUUGGUGGUGGCUGAUUGUCUUGAUCAUCGUCGGCGGCAUCAUCAUCGCCAUGAUUGUUGUCCACAUCCACCGGAAAAAGAAAGGACAAUAUAGUUUUGUCUCUGAUGGCUCAGAUAGGCCUAUCCCUAUGACUACUCAGUCAAAUGGGGUGCAAGGUUAGGAUAUUACUUGAUGAACGGGCAUGGGUGGACUAUGAGACAAUGGGCCCCUGGGCACAGAUUUGCAAAAGGCCCCUACACCUUUUCUACACGGGAGCAAGACAUAGACUUUGUGGUGGUUGUUAUUUUUGUCUCAGUUUUGUGUCUCUUUGUAGUCAUUCUGCAUCUAUUGUGUCUGUUUGUAGUACAGAAACUCUUUAUAGUGCAUUCAACAGCAAAGUAAAUAUGGAAGGUAUUAUGUCAUGGGCGGAUUAUGAGACAAUGGGCCCCGGGGCACAAAUAUGCAAAAGGUCCCACCACCUCUCCUACAUAUGAGCAACGUGUCUUUGUAGUCAUGCAACUUUUUGUGUCUCUUUGCAGCUCCCUUGCAUCUCUUUGUGUCUCUUUGUGCUCAUUUUGACUCUCUUCCUGGUCGAAAUGUGUUUAUUUGAGUGAUGUUUUGCAAAUGAAUGCCACGGGGGACCCUGGGCCUGUGCCUGGUGGGCCUGUAAAUACUGUACACAAGAAAAUAGAGAUGUAAAAAUUACUAGCACUUGUUACAACACGUGUUCUUAUUUGUUGGCCUUUGAAAUGUACCUAGUUUUUACAUUUUUUUUAUUAUUCUUAAUAAAGUUACACAACAACUCCA